UGAGAAGUGGCAGCUACCCAAACGCGGAUCCUCACUGCUGGCGUGUUGUGGCCAGGCGGGUUUGGCCUGUCUCCGACGCUAGUGUUGGGCUCGGGAGGUAGUGGAAAGGGAGGGCGGGGUGAAGUCUCUGUGGAGCCCGCCGGCUUCGCAAUGAAGAGGAUUUGGGGGUUCGGGAGGGAGAAGGGCAUGUCGCCCUUGGGCUCCGCUUCUGGCUUGCAGAGGCAGGGCAGGGGCGUUGGGCAGAAGAACAAUACAACUGACAACUUGCUGCUGGGUUACCAUGUCCAAGACAGAGAUCUCAGAAAGAUCCACAAGGCUGCCUGUGUGGGCACCGCAGCGCAAGCGCAGCAGAUUCUGUUCUUGGGGGGAAAUGGCGUGGAUGAUAGAGACAAGAUGAACAGGACUGCUCUCCAUUUGGCCUGUGCCAAUGGCCAUCCAGAAGUGGUGACCCUCCUAGUAGAGAGGAAAUGUCAUCUUAACCUCUGUGAUCAUGAAAACAGGACAGCUCUCAUGAAGGCCGUACAGUGCCAGGAAGAGAAAUGUGUAAACAUACUAUUGGAAAAUGGUGCCGAUCCAAAUAUUAGGGAUGUGAGUGGCAACACUGCUCUCCACUAUGCGGCCUUUGGUGAUAAUAUAUCCAUAAUAGAGAAGCUGCUGCUAUACAAUGCGAAUACUGAAGCAAGAAAUAAGGAUAACAUCACACCACUUCUAGUUGCUGUAAAUGAAAACAAACAGCAAAUAGUGGAAGUUCUGGUAGAAAAGGCAGCAAAUAUACAUGCAGAGGAUAAAUUAAAAAGCAGUUACGAAAUAAUUUGCCGACAUAAAGAAGAAAUCAUGCUUAAAAAUUCUUUGCAAAACAGCCAUCCUGGAGCAGAUAAGAAUGCUGAGGAAGAUUCUAUAGCCAGGCUUUCCGACAAACCUGCUCCUGAUGAUUCAUGGUCUACAUCAUCUAGCCAAGUCUUAGAUUUUGGGACCAAGGUAAAGCUUUCCGACAAACCUGCUCCUGAUGAUUCAUGGUCUACAUCAUCUAGCCAAGUCUUAGAUUUUGGGACCAAGAGUAUGUCUGAGAAGCCCAACAAAUAUGUUCCUCCUGUCUCUGGAGCUGUGGAUCAGAAAGGGCAAAGGAUAUUACAUGGACAAGUAGAAGGAGCAGAUAAGAAUGCUAAGGAAGAUUCUAUAGCCAGGCUUUCCGACAAACCUGCUCCUGAUGAUUCAUGGUCUACAUCAUCUAGCCAAGUCUUAGAUUUUGGGACCAAGUAUCAAGUUCCAUUAAAGGUUGAAGAAAAAAAGAAGCACAGAGGAAGUGACAUGGAAGUAUCAGAAAACAUAUAUGAUGCUGCGGCUGCUGGAUUAAUUCCACAAAGACAGAAUGGAAAAACUGAUAACCAUCAAUUGCCUAUUACAGAAAAUAAAGAUUCUGAUAGGAGGGAACCUGGUUUACAUAUGAAGAAGUUAAAGAAAGGUGAAAAUGAAAAAGGGACAUCAAAAGGAUCUGUGAUCACACCAGUGUUGCAGAAGGCAGAUGCCCUAACUGGUGGUCCACUACAAAAGAAUGAUGGCAGCCAUUUCAGUGAAAAGGAUCAGCAUGAAAGCAGACCUGCAAAGAAAAUUUCUAAGAAAAAGAACAAGGUCAAAAAGCAAAUUACUUCUAUGGAUGACCUUGUCGACUUCAUUCAGUCAUCUAAAACAGCUUCAGAGCAUUGUGAGUUGCCUUACUCUAAGAAUUUCAUGUUGCUGAUCGAACAACUUGGCAUGGAUUGUAAAGAUUAUGCUGGCUUCUUGAAAAUCCAAGAUAUACGUGUUUCCUAUGAGAAAUUAAGGAAACUUAACAAAAAGCACUGUAAACUUCUUAUGGGAAAAAUGACAAAAAUGGACAAAAUGGUUAGUGCACUACAAAACGAGCUACAGGAAGCCAAAGACAUGAUAUCACGGUUAGAACAUCAAAAAGUGGAAUGGGAACGUGAAUUCUGCAGUUUGAGAUGUACCUUAAAACAAGAAGAAGAAGAAGAAGAAGAAAGAAGAAAUACUGAUAUGUUAUAUGAAAAUAUUAGGGAAAAGUUAAGAAGUAAAGAAGACGAAUAUAAGAAAGAAGUUGAAACAAAACAACAAGUUGAACUCGCUCUUAGAAUGCUAAACACGGAAUUGAAGGCCACAAAAAAUCAGGUUGUAGAAGAGCGCAGUGACACUCAGUGGCAACUUUCUCCAGAACAGAAGGCCAGAGUCUUACAAGAUGGAAGUCUAAACAAUCUCUUUUGCAAGCAAAAGGAGCUAGAAAUGGCUCAUAAGAAAACUAAUUCUAAGGUAGUUGCGAGACAACUUCAACAAGAACUGGCUGAUACUCUGAAGAAAAAGUCUAUGUCAGAGGCUUCCCCAGAGGUUACGUCAUAUCUUCGUCUAGAAGAUGAAACACGGGAUCUCAAGAAGAAAUUAGCUCAAAUCACAAGUCAGUUGCAAGAAGAACAGGAACGACAUGGAGAGGCCGUAAGAUGUGCUCAGGAGAUGAAAGAUCAUGUGCAAAAGCUACAGGUUAAAAAUGCCACACAAGAAGCAACCAUCAAACAUCAAGCGGCCCAGAUUCAAGAUCUUGAGAACAACAUGAUAAAGACAAGUUUGUUACAAGAAGCACAGGAACGACAUGCAGAGGCCGAAAGAUACGCCGAGAAGAUUAAAGAUCAUAUGCUAAAGCUAAAGGUUAAAAAUGCCAGGCAAGAAGCAACCAUCAAACAUCAAGCGGCCCAAAUUCAAGAUCUUCAGAGCAACUUGCUAAAGGCAAGUUUGUUACAAGAAGCACAGGAACGACAUGCAGAGGCCGAAAGAUACGCUGAGAAGAUUAAAGAUCAUAUGCUAAAGCUAAAGGUUAAAAAUGCCAGGCAAGAAGCAACCAUCAAACAUCAAGCGGCCCAAAUUCAAGAUCUUCAGAGCAACUUGCUAAAGGCAAGUUUGUUGCAAGAGGCAAAGGAUCGAGAGGCAAAGGACAUAAGAUAUGCGGAGAAGACGCUAGAAGUGCAAAAUGCCAGGGCAGAAGAAACCAUCAAACAACAAGCGGCCCAAAUUCACAAUCUUCCGAGCAACUUGUUAAAGACAAGUUUGGCUGAUGUCCUUACAACAGAACUGGAAACUACAUCUUCAAAAUAUCUACACCUGGAUGCAAAAAAUCAAGUUCUUCAAGAGUCAUUAUCAAUGAGAGCUUUCAAAGAAGAAUGUGAAAAACUAGAGAGCAACAACAAGAAGUUACAGCAAGAAGUAGUAAAAUUGAAACAAUUUAUGGAAAUGAAUAUGGUACAACGCAGUCAAGUGGAGCAGUAUAAACAGGAGAUUGAAGAAAGAGCACGACUGGACAUAGUAGAAAAAUUACACGAAGUCAACCUGUUUUUACAGGCACAAGCAGCAGCUCGACAAAACUUGGACCAGUUAAGAGAAAAUGACCAUGCUUCAAUGAGAAAUCAAAUGGAACUUAGAAUUAAAGAUCUGGAAUCUCAGGUCUCUACAAUGAAGACUUCUCAAGAUUCUACUAAAACAGAGUUGGAAACCUACAGGCAACUCUACCUAGAAGAAUUAAAACUUAUAAAGUCCUUGAGAAAUAAGCUGAACAGGGCUAAGGAGAGACUGUCAGAGAGCAAUACAAAUUUUCUUGUGGAGAGACAGCAGCACCAAACUUUACUCAGGACCCUUACUAUGAGCCCAGGCCUGGAACCACCUUAUUGUGGACAUUUUGAAAAUAAUUUAGUGCUCAAUGGAAACCUUACUCCAAGAGGAAACUUAGUGAUUCCUACCUUAAACCCACGGCCGUCAUAUGACGACAGGGAGGCUUCCUUGUGGAAGAUGCGGCAGGAGUUGGAGGAAAGAAUAACCAGAGCACUAGAAGAAGAUGCUACCAAAUUUGAAUGAGGAUCCUGUAGAAAUCCUUUAGUAUCUACUGAUGAUUCAAUUCUAAAUCAAGAUCCAGUAUGGAAAGCGUCACGAGAAUAUGUACAGAUUUUGAACAAAAAUUAUAUGAUUUGAAUAAUAAAUAGAAAAAAUUUACUGGAUGCUUACCAAACAUUUUCAUUGUUUCCCAAUUGAACACACUAUAUGGCAAAGUCUUGAUUAAAGGAAAAUGUUUUUGUAUCAUA